GGCCCCGGCGAGUCUGCGAGCCUCCUGGGGACAAGCGGCUUUGAUAAUGGAUAGCUGGAGAAAGUGAAGAAUGUUGUUGAAAAUCAACAUCCAGUCGCAGUUCCAUUUUAGAGCUGGAAAAAAAGCUGCAUUGAUGCCACUUGAGUCAAUUAGUCGAAUUGCGUACUGUGUUCCAUAAUGGCCUGGAGCCCAGACCACUCCCUCUUCACCACACACACACACACGCGAACACACACACGCACACACAUCCUCUCUCUCUCUCUCUCCCUUUUGGUGUGGCUUUCCUUCUUUGUUUCUUUGCGCCGGAUUGCGAUGGAGCCCAGCAGUCCCAAGAAGAUCCAGUUUGACGUUCCGCCGCUGCAGGGACACCUGGACCCUCAGGCCGCCGAGCACAUACGUCGCAGAAGACCGACACCUGCAACUCUGCAAAUAUACAGACAACCAGAAGCCGGAGAUCAGCAUGACGUCAGCGGAGGUUCUCAGUGUGGAGAUGGCGCUCGGAGGAGGCAGAGCGCUUUGGCCCCGCCCACCACCAAAGGGCUUCACGUCGGGGUGGAGCACCCCCUGGCGGCGGGGCCGGACCGUCACUUGAGUCCGAGCUCAACGCAGCACUCUGCCGGCUCCUUCCCGUGGACCAAUCGGAACGGGCCAGAGGAAGCCAACGGGAAUCUGGUAGCCAAUCACGGGAGAGGCGUGGCACAGAGCAACAGUUGCCACGAUGUGUCAUGCGAGUCCCAAAAAGAAGCUUCCAGCCCCGACUCGGUCUCUCGAUAGCCGCCGCCGCCGCCGCCGCCGCCGCGCUUCCUCUUCUUCACUCUCCUCUUCAACGCUCCUCUUCCUCGUGUUCAUGCUGCCGCGUGACCCGCUCGACGACAACGAGAGCGAGAACGCUGUACAUCUCAUGUACGAUGACAUUGAUGCACGUGACGUGGCUGUGAAUAAAGAUCUCUUAUUAUAUGGCAAGUAGGGCAUCGGGAAUCAUUCGUCGUCACGAUGAGUCGUAUUUUGGCUGCGGAAGAAGCUUGUGGAAUGAGCUUUCCUCAGCGGCAUGCCUUUGAUGUUCAUUUUGCGUCCUCUGGAAACCUUUGGGAGGUGAUUUGGGGCCUGAACAAAACAAGACAGCGGUUCAAUUAUCAUCCAAUUGCCAUAGCAGCAAUCUAGGUAAUAAAUGAGUCGGUCCCCUGAACAGCCGCGACGCCAUUCCCGGUGAGUUGGCGUCACUCACAGUGCGUGCACAUCAUCAAACAGCGUCCAUGAUUAGUUUGCAGUCAAAAGACA